UGUCGUUCUGACGACACUUUUAGUCGACGACACUAGUAGUCUGCUAUUUAUGAUCUCAACCCUAAAUUAUCAUGUACAAUUGAACAAAUCAGUGACAUUUCCUCGGUUCAAAAAGAGUUUAUCGAGCAUGAAAUUUCAUGGCCGAUUUUAAUUGUUUGCGUUAAUCCGGGCUUUAAGAGUCUCAGUGCGUGCAAAUAAGCUCCCUUUAAAAGUGUCGGAAGACGGCUCGUGAAUUUGACCUAAAAUUUCUGGGAUGAGUUCAAUUUUUUACCGCUGAGCCGGGGCAGAAAGAGCCUCGUCAUCAGUGAAGUCGUGUGACAGUGAUAAGGCUACGAGAGUGAUAACGGUGCGGUGUGUCUGUGAUAAGUGAUAAGGGGAGAAUGAGAGUGUCGUGAAAUUCCGAGGAUUAUGAUGAGGAUCACCAAGACGCCGCUGGUGCCUUUGAAGCCGACCCUCAAGAAAAUCCCCGACGAGGACCCUUUGAGGCUCUACAUCGACCGCUUCCAGAAGUGGGCCGACGCCACUGAGUACCAGUUGUUUUACCGAAAUGGGACACGAGUUUGGGUCCCUCAUCCAGAUUUCGUGUGGGAAAGUGCCCUGGUUGUCGCAGAUUACAAGGAAAAGGUCCUCGAGGUCUCUCUAGAAAAUAGCAAAGAGCUAAAAAAUAUACCAAUAUCAUCUGAUGCAGACCUUCCUCCAUUGUGCAAUCCUGAUAUUCUAAUCGGACAAAAUGAUCUCACCUCUUUAUCCUAUCUACAUGAACCAGCUGUGCUGUAUAAUCUCCAAGUCCGAUUUGUCGACAAAUGUGCUAUUUAUACUUAUUGUGGAAUUGUUUUGGUGGCAAUCAACCCUUAUUCUGAAUUACCUAUUUACGGCAGUGAUACAAUAUGGGCUUAUCGGGGCCAAGCAAUGGGAGAUCUGGAACCACACAUAUUUGCAGUUGCAGAAGAAGCGUAUACAAAAAUGGAAAGAGAGAAACAGGACCAAAGUAUCAUCGUGUCUGGAGAGUCUGGGGCUGGCAAGACAGUGUCUGCAAAAUAUGCCAUGCGAUAUUUUGCUACUGUUGGAGGCUCUACAACUGAAACCCAAAUAGAGAAGAAAGUCCUAGCUUCAAGUCCCAUCAUGGAGGCUAUUGGUAACGCCAAGACCAUCCGCAAUGAUAAUAGUUCAAGGUUUGGCAAAUUUAUAGAACUUCAAUUUAGCAAAAAUUACAACAUAAAUGGUGCAAGUAUGCGAACGUAUCUCCUAGAAAAGUCAAGAGUAGUUUUUCAAGCCGCAGAAGAACGAAAUUAUCAUAUAUUUUAUCAACUUUGCGCUUCAAGAAGUAGAUAUCCUCAUCUUAAAUUAGAUCAAGCCAAACAGUUCAUGUACUUAAAUCAAGAAGAUAGCAUAGCAGGAAUAGACGAUGAAGUUUGUUUCAACGACACUUUAUCCGCCUUCACGACGCUUGGCUUCUCGGAAGCCGACAUCAACGACAUGUUGAAGAUAUUAGCUAGUAUUCUACACUUAGGCAACAUCUCAAUUUUGCAAGGCUCCCACGUUGGUGACCGAGGGGAUGCAGACUCAAGUUACAUUUCUGAAAAGGAUUUUCAUCUAAAAACGCUCACAGAAUUAUUAGAUUUAGAUAUUCAAGAAUUAAUGAAAUGGUUAUGUCAUAGAAGAAUAAUUAGCAUGAGAGAAACCUUCGACAAAGAUAUGAAUAUGAAUGAGGCAAUGGGAGCAAGAGAUGCCCUAGCGAAACACAUCUAUGCUCAGUUAUUUGCGUGGAUAGUCAGUCAAAUUAAUCGAUCCCUGGAAUCAAGCGACGCUAAGUACAAAUUUAUUGGUGUGUUAGAUAUUUAUGGAUUUGAAACUUUUGAAACAAAUAGUUUUGAACAAUUCUGUAUUAAUUAUGCCAACGAAAAACUACAGCAGCAGUUCAAUCAGCAUGUCUUCAAAUUAGAGCAAGAAGAAUAUUUAAAGGAGGAAAUAGAAUGGAAGUUCAUAGAUUUUUACGAUAAUCAGCCAUGCAUUGAUCUCAUCGAAAUCAAACUCGGAAUUUUGGAUCUCUUGGAUGAAGAGUGCCGGAUGCCAAAAGGAACAGACGCCUCAUGGGCGGACAAAUUGUAUAACAAAUGUGAGAAGUGGCAACAUUUUUCAAAGCCAAGAUUCGGCACCAAAACAUUCAGUAUAAAGCAUUUUGCGGAUCUUGUAGAGUACGAUACUGCUGGAUUCUUAGAAAAGAAUAAGGAUACUGUGAUUGAAGAACAGGUGAAUGUUUUAAGGAGUAGCCGGAAUCAAUUAUUGCGACAUUUAUUUGUCGAGUCCGAAAAGAAACUGGCUCCCCAGUAUGCUGCAACGAUUGGCCACAGUGGUCGAACCAAAGUAGCAGUAUUACCUCAAAAAUCACCCUCCGCAACUCUAGGGUCCUCUGCUAAACAGCAUAAAAAAACGGUUGGCUCACAAUUUCGAGAUUCCUUGAAUGCUUUAAUGGUCACUCUGAACGCAACCACUCCACAUUACAUUCGUUGUAUCAAACCUAACGACUUCAAACAGCCUUUUGAGUAUAAUCCAGUGCGAGCCGUUCAACAGCUCCGUGCAUGUGGUGUCUUGGAAACCAUUAGAAUCAGUGCGGCAGGAUUCCCAUCAAGAUGGACUUAUUUUGACUUUAUGAAGCGUUACAGAGUUUUAUGCAGCGCAAAAGAUAUUGAUAGGAAUGAUAUGAAGAAAACUUGCGAAAGAACUCUGCAGAAGUGUAUCAAGAAUCAGGAAAAGUACAAAUUUGGAAAAUCGAAAAUAUUUUUCCGCGCCGGUCAAGUUGCGUACUUGGAGAAGCUACGUGCGGAUAAGCUUAAGCACUGUUGUAUUAUAAUCCAAAAAACUGUUCGAGGGUAUCUAGCCAAGAGAAGAUACCAGAGAAUCAAGAGUAGCACUCUGACAAUACAAAGAGUUGUCAGAGGUUUCUUAGCCAGAAGGCGUGUACAUCGAAUACGUCAAUUAAAAUCAGCCAUCAUCAUUCAAAAACGAGUGCGUGGCUGGCUCCAACGAACAAAAUACCUCAGGUUACGAAGAACCGCCUUCGGCCUUCAAAGAUAUGGAAGAGGCUUAUUGGCACGCAGGAAGUUCCUAGAAUUGAAAUACAACAAAGCGGCUCUCGUAAUUCAAAAACGAGUGCGAGGUUGGCUGGCCAAGAAAAAAUACAAGGAGGACCUUCAAAAAAUUGUCAUCUGCCAGUCUGCUAUCAGGAGGUUCCUAGCUCGCCGAAGGUACAAGAAGCUGAAACGAGAAGCCAGAUCUGUCGAACACAUCAAAAAAUUGAACAAAGGAUUAGAGAACAAAAUUAUAUCAAUGCAGCAGCGCAUUGGAGAACUUACAAAAGAAAACACUUCUUUGAAAACUGCAUCACAAGAAAAGAAUGAAAUGCUAGUCAAGUUAGAUUCACUUAAAGGGGCCGACUCUGAGUUGAAGAAACUAAAAAACGUCCUGAACGAAAAAGAAAUUGAACUUUCAGCCAUAAGAGCGGAACUGAGCAGAGAAAAGAGCGAGAAAAUGGACUUGCUCAAUGAUUACGAACGCGACAAAACAAAGCUUCUGAAUGACACGAACAAAUUGCGGAGCGAAAAUGAACAGCUGAAGGAGAAAUUAAGCAUCGUCAUGGAUGAGAUGACUGAGAGCAAAGUUAAUUUAGAAGAAAUAAUUAGGACAAGAAUUGAGCAUGAACGUCAAAUCCUCAUCCGAGAGCAGGAUCAAGACAGAGAAGCGUACCAGAAGCUUCUGUCGGAGAAAAAUAUGCUUGAAUCGCGGCUGGAAGCCUUGGAGAAGGAGGGGAACAAAACUGGGAACCUUGACUCUUUCUCAUCGCACAAUCGAUCUCUCUCCGAUGCCAGUACAGUGUCAGUCUGUGAUCCUGAAAGUAGUGCCAGUAAUAUGAGCGACCACUCGGAAGAGAAAACUGAUUUGCAGCUAGUCUUGAAAUUGCAGCAGAAGGUCAAAUCAUUAGAAGCAGAAAGAGCGAAGCUUCACAAACGAAUUGAAGAGUCUGAAAACUUAUCUAGUCCUGAAUCUCGAGCCAGUUACAAAGAUGCCAUUAAGGCUGCAGAUCUAGAAAUAGAGAAUGAGAAAUUAAAGGCAGAUUUAACCCAGUUGCGGCAGUGUAUUGCUGAAAAUUGUGAUUCGGCAAACAUCGGUGAGAUUGCUGUUCAAGAACUGCUGAGUCAGUUCAGUUCUUUACAAUCGGAACUGACUCGUAAACGGGACGAGUGUCUGCAACUCCGCGGAGUUUUACUGAACAACACCGAGAGUAUUAAAAGUGUCGCCACUUCUAAUUAUUCUACAAAGAGAGAUGUUGAUAUCAUCAAUGAAGAUGGAGAAUUGGCAAUUGCAUUCGAAGCUCAGAAAAAGAUCAACAGGCAACUUGAGAGAGAAAUUGAAUCUGAAAAAGCAAAAUGGAGUCAGAAGUACGAAGAUUUAGUUCAAGAGACAAAGAAACUCAGAGAAGAGAACGAACGGCAGCAGAAACUCCUCUCUGUCAAUUUGAACAAAACUCCGCAGUCACAGACGGAAUCGAUCAUGCAGCACGAAAUCACCCGCCUCACAUCGGAGAACCUCGACUUGCAAGAGAAAGUCGACCACUUGCAAGAAGAAAUACGCCGCUUGAAAAGACAGCUCAGCCGUGUAGGAAACCCGCCUGAAGAUGAGCCUGCAGUUAAUGGCAAUAACGUCAAAGUGGAAAACGGCGAGCAUGGAAAUAAUUUGCCGCUGAUCAGGAAAAAGGAGCGAAACUAUCUCGGGAUGAUCGAAUACCAGAAAGGAGAUGAAGACGUCAUUAUGAGACAUUUGAUAAUAGAAUUAAAACCCAAAGUUGCUGUCACACUGCUUCCGGGGCUGCCUGCGUAUAUAUUGUUCAUGUGCAUCCGGCACACUGAUUACAUUAAUGAUGACGAAAAAGUGCGUGCUCUGCUAACAGCAUUCAUUAAUCAAGUGAAGAAGGUAAUCAAGAGGCAAGCGAACAAGCAACGACAGCAAGACAACCACUCAAAUCACUCGUUUGAAGUAACAAUUCUUUGGCUCUCCAACACGCUCCGACUUCUUAACAACCUGAAACAGUACAGCGGUGACAAAGCAUUCCAAGAACACAACACCAAAACUCAGAACGCUCAAUGUUUGCUAAACUUUGACCUCUCCGAGUACAGACAAGUUUUGAGCGAUAUAGCUGUCUGGAUCUAUCAGUCUGUGAUUAAUUACAUGGAAGAGAAAAUUCAGCAAUUAGCAAUCACAGCUGUCCUUGAGUACGAGUCAAUUAUGAGCCAACCGACUCGUUCCAAGUCCACAAGCUCUGCGGAUUCAUCGCCAACGUUAAGUCCUCCGAGUGCGUUGCAAGAACAGCUCAGCACAUACCAUGCAAUUCUAUGCGCUCAUGGAGUCGAUUCUUUCGUAAUCAAUCAAGCGUUCAAGCAGCUAUUCUACUUUAUUUGUGCAAGUUGUAUGAAUACUCUUCUAUUACGCAAAGACCUCUGUAAUUGGGCAAAAGGAAUGCAAAUUCGUUUCAAUAUUUCACACUUAGAGCAGUGGUGCCGUGAUCAAAAAUUAUUGGAUAGCAGCGAAAUUCUUGAUACUUUGUUACCAAUAGUCCAAGCUGCGCAGUUAUUACAAGCUAGAAAAACCAAAGAUGAUGUCGAAAGUAUUUGCGAGAUGUGCAGCAAAAUGACACCAAACCAGAUAAUCAAACUAUUGAACUUGUACACGCCUGCAGACGAAUUUGAAGGGAAGAUCUCUGUUCAGUUCAUACGCUCUGUUCAAGAAAUAUUAAGCCAACGACCCAAAGAUGCUGGACAGCCCCUUCUGUUGAUGGACACGAAGCACAAUUUCCCUGUACGGUUUCCUUUCUCCCCAUCCACAAUUCGACUGGAACACAUCGAAAUACCCGAGUGCUUAAACCUCUCAAUGCUGAAGAAAGUCUAAAGAUUUCAGACCUCCAUUUAAACAUGAAGUGUUCAUUCUCCGUUCUUUGAGCGUGUCUCAACCUCAGAUUUUGUUACCAUAUUUAUUCUUAAGUGUAAGUUCUUUUCCUCUAAUCAUUCCUAAAAUUUAUCUUGUAAAUAUGCAUAAAAAGAAAAAUAGCUGAAUCAACAUCGCUAAGUUUUCUACUCGGUCAACUCUUUAGUGUUGUCCUCCGUAAGAAUCAAAGUCUUUACCGUAACUGUCCAAUGGCUAACCAAAGAAGAUUUUUGUAGAAUUUAUUAGGGGCCUAAAACUAAGAAAUUAAAUUUCGAAGGUAACAGGCCAUUCAAAUGAUCAAAAUGGUUCUGAAAUGACCGGUGCAAUCGCAUCAAAAACUUAGUACCUACAUACUGUAUAGUUCUAAUUGUAAUUGUAAUUUAUCACUAAAAAUCCAGUUAUUGUUUCUUUCUUUUUCUAAAUCCAAAAGUUGUAAUGUUUUCAUUUUUCCUUUUAAUUCAUCUUCAUUCUCACCACAUUCUAUUUGUUACAAUCUUAUUUUAAUUUUUUUAUUAUUUCAUCUAUUGUUGUUGUCUAUUCUGACCAAUUUUUUCUCAGAGGACAAACAAUAUUCCUUUCUGCUCUGAAAAAUUGUUGUCUCUUCAAUAUAGAUACAUUGUCUGAAAAUUAAUAGGUAGAGGAAUUUAAGAGUUUUUAAGAAUUACAAGACUUUAUACUUACUUGUAAUGAUAUUCCAUGCUUAUAAACCUCUGUAACAUUAUAUUUUCCAAAGUUAUACAUUUUUACUUGUGAUGAGGAGAUGCUUUUAUUACUGAAAACUUCCCAUCCUUGUAUUUUUAAAAUAUUUUCAGUCACUUUUAAAAGCAAAAAAGUUACUCUCAGUCAGCGCAGGUUCUCUUAAAAAAUGGUGGCUUAUAAUUAAAAACCUGCUUCAAGGGACACAAAAAUUUUUAAAUUUCGGGUGGUCCGAUAGUUUUUCCUUGUUUUGUUUUGUUUUUUAUUUUUGAAAGAAUUCGAAGAAAUUGCCACGCUAUUAAUCUGUACACAUUUUGUGGCUUUGCGUCUCUUCUUUUAUCUAGUCCACCAAGAACAUAUAAUAUUAACUUCCCAGUCUUAUCCUCAUUAAUUCGUAUCUUCCUCCAACUCCCUCAUCAAUGACUUGUAUAUUCUCAAUUAUAUGAGACCAAUUCUCAAGUUAAUUUAAUUAUUAAAGCUGCCAUAACUUAUUGAGUAACCAAUUUAAAAUUUAAUUUCUCUUUUGGCUUUUUCAAUCAAAUUUGCCCUUUCAAAUUAUUGCGGCUCUGUUUGGAGACUUUCGUAUUUGCAUAAUAUCUGGAAUGAAAACGUGGAACAUUUCAGUUAUGUUGAUUUUCGCUGUUCUCCAGAACCAACAUCCUUUGUUUCCAGUUUGUUCAAUGCUGUUUUUUUGCUUUGCAAACGGAAGCUGGAAUGAUAAAUUGUAACUUUGUUGACAGUGCUUAAUAACUUAAAAUUGAGCAGCCGUUAUAGAUGAGGAUGAAGCCAAUCUUUUUGGCUUCCUCUUGCAACUUAACAAAAUUGAACAAGAAUAUCUCACUAACGCUCAACAUUAGAAAAAGCUAAACUUAUCGUUUUUUAACCUUCGAAGUAUCAUCCUCUGAUAUAACUAUCUCCAGUUUCCUUUCCUGUCAUCCGGUAUAACAAGAAAAAAGAAGAUUAUCGUAACCAUUAUUUUUCCUCCCAAGAAAGUUUCUUCUCCCUUUUUGUAAUUAUCUUUCGUUAUCCAAGAAUUGGCUCUUUUCUGUGUAUUUAUCUUUACUGUCUGUUAAUUUGUUCAUUUUAUUUGUGAUCAUUCUUUGAAAAAUCAAAUUGAAGACUUAAGCAUGUUUUAGUCUUCAUAUUAUGAUUGGUGGUAGCUUAAAAAUUCUCAUGUAAAAAAUUUAGUAACUGAACGUUCCAUCAUGAAAUUGUUGUGCAUUUAUUAUGUUAUUUUGGUUUUCAUUACAUCCAUUUUGAGGAAAUUUCAAAGUUUGCAUUGAGAAAUUUGUUCAGUAUUGAAGCAACGUUUCUCUAUUAUUUCUGUGAUUUUCUUAUCCCCCCCCCUGAUCCAAGUAAGAAUUCCUACUUUUAUUUUGAUCAUGAAGGGAUUAGGAGAAUUGUAUAAUUUCUUUUAUAUAUCAUAACAUUGGCUGUAAAAAGUUGUAUUUUACAUCUAAACUAUUUUAUUAAGUUUUUAUUAAUGAUUUUUUGUUUUACCUGAGUUAGUUUUGUUAGAUUUGUCACUGUUUUUGUAAACAGUGUAAUCAAUUUUUAGAAUACUCACAAUUUACUUCCCUAGGAAAAUAUUCCAUCGAUAGUAAUUCUGAUAAUUAUAUUUUUAUCUAUUUACAAGUUAUCUCACUAAUCAAACUAUUGUAUUAUGUUUUUUAAACAUCUGUUUACGAGAAUAGUAGAUGUAAACGAUGUUAUGAAAUUAAUUUUCCGACAAAUAUUCUGCUAUGCAGAAUGGUAAUUUAUAACCAGAGUUUAUUAUAUCAAUAAAGUGCAGGGACUAUAUAGCUGCCAAUUCGAAAUCAUGGCUCCGAAACUUCUAGAAAUUUUCAAAUAAUGAAAUAAUUUAGAGAAAUUUAUAGAACAUAAUUAGAAUUAAGUUGAAAAACACUUAAAGAUCAACCUUCCAACUCCUCCAAAUUCCUCUGGAAUAAAUCAAGAAAGUCCCUCCAUGAGGCACAAAAUAGGUGGAAAAUUGCUCACAAGUGCAAAAUUCCUUUCUGUUCGUUGCUGUUCUAUGUGAAUAAAACGAAAAUUUUCGUAUCUUAUAAAGAUUUUUUUGGAUGUCGGUAGUGCAAAUUAUUUUUUUUUGCAUAGUUAAUUUUCACGCUUAAAUCAAUUUCAUCAGAUUGGUCAAGAAUUGGAGUAUUUUGUGGUUAUUUCCACUGAAAAUAUCACAGACUGUUUGCCAACUCUGUCGAGAUGUUGUUAGAUUUCAUAGCUGCUGUUAUUUUUAUCACCAUAGCCGAUUAUAUUUUCUUGUCAGAGUAUAUUUCCGUUGAAGCCGCAAUGUAGCUACUGUUAAGAGAUCAAUGUACUUAUCAAAUUGUUGUUGUAUUAAACAAAUUUAUGAAUGUUAUAGAAUUGGAGUAAGCAUCUAAUAGCCUUUUAAAUAGUAAGGGUCAGAUUCUGAAGGAAAUCGGUACUUUCUGCUACUUUAGCAUCUUUAUUUCAAAUAAUUUGAAUGCCUGUUUGUAUCCUCAUGUUUAGAUUAUCUUAUUAACCUCUCCACAUGAGCACAUUACGGCAGAAAUCUAUUUAAUCUAGUGAAUAACACAGUUCUUAGAUGGUAGAUUCGGAUUUGUUAGAUAAUGGGCAAGGAUGGAAUGUCGCGUUUCGCAUAGUGCCAAACUCGAGAACCCAAAUUUUGUCAGGAUUUAAAGUAAACUGAGAUAUAGAUCUAUUAAAAAUGAGUUUUUUUUGUUUCCUUCUGCAAAAAAGUCAAUUUUGGGGGACCCCCCCCCCUCUCCCAGUAACAAUUGUAAAAUAUUUCAGGGAAUCAAAACAUAUUUAAAGAUCUGUAAAGAGUGUUUUUCUGUUGCUAAGUCAAUCUUAAGAGAAACCCAAGUUUGGUUAUCCUCGAAUCCAGAUACUCAACUGUUUACCCGCAUUUAAUGAAGAACCCUUUGUAAUUGCUGUUGAACUGUUCAAGCUAUCGUUUCAUUCAUUUAUUUUUUCAUCCAAUUAUUUUCAGGUGCAUACAAUCAUAAAUAAUUAAUUAGGGCCUUGCUUUUGACGGCACUUGUGCUUUCCAUGUGAUACUAUUAUUUUUGAUUUGAAUAUCGUGUUGUUGAACAACUCGAAGAAGCAUUUUAAUUCUGUUGAGAGUUUCCUCACUUGUUGCCAGUUUUGUUUGAAUCUCUUUUGUUUUACACUCGAGAAGUGAGUGAAACGCGAUUUUCUCCAGCAGCCCGACCACAGACUUCUCACUUCUAUUGACCUUGAUGGAAUGGAAUGAAUCAUUCUGAUGUGAGAAGUUUGUGGCCGGGCUGCAGUAUAGGUUGUUUUUCUUUCCCAACUAUUUAUGCAAUUGGAAAGCAGAUUGUAGUUGGAAUCUGUCGGCAUGACAAACUUGAAAUUUGCUGUAUUGUUUGUGAUUUACUCGGGGAAGCUGAAAAGUAAUCUCUCCUCAUAUGUUCCGCCUUCUCAGGCCUGGAAAUUUGGUGCCAUUUUAUUGCGGUGUGGACUUAUAUUGGGCUGUGAAAUCAAAAGUUAGAAUGAAACAUCAAGAUCACAUUACCUACAAUCAUCAACAAUUAUAGGUUGAGUUAUUUAUUUUCUUUGCUCGUUCUUGCCCUCGCUGUUGUUUACUCUUCUUUCUUUUAUGUCUCAUUAAGAAACUAAACCCUCCUGGGAAAGUUAUUUCUUUGUCACAGGACUCAACUCUACUUAUCUCCCAAGCUCCAAUCUGUGGGCUGAUUAUGAAAAUUGAUAGACAAAGCGAUGGACAAAGGGGACAAAAUUGAGCGAUCCUAUCAGUUGAAAUGAGUGGUUGUCAUAGACUAAGCAGAAAAAUAUUGACCUAACUAUAGAGUCUCUCUUGAGUUGCCAUUAGUUAGUCUAUUAUGUAGCUCAUCGUCCAUUGCAAUCACCCUCUUCAACUGAUAGUAUCGCUUCAUUUUCCCUUUGACCUAUUUGUCUAUAACUUUGUCCAUCAAUUUCAACAAUCUGCCUGCUGUAAUUAUGUGAUUCAGAUGCUCAAUUGUUGCCAAGUCGAACUGUAAUAUCGAGAUUAUCAGGAACAACUGUACUUAAUUCAAAUGCCACCAAUGGUCCAAGAACUUCAAACUUUUUGUGGAUAUUACACUUAGAUUAAUGUAUCCGUAAGAAUCCGGAGUUCUGAAGACUUGUCAAGGGCCGUCUCUUUCUCAUCAUUCACUUAUUCUGAGUAAUCUAAGUACAGAAGAUAAUGCAAAGCAAAUGAAAUAAUUAAUUUUCCUUUGUAAACCUUGACGUUUUUUGUUUCUCAUUAUUCUCCUUCUGGGAAAAAUAUGAAGGAAAGAGAUAUUGCCUUCCAACUUCCCCUCAUAUUUUAUGAGCUGUGAAAUUAUAUUUUCUACUAAUAGGUACUUCAUCGUAUUUUGUUGCCGUAUUUAUAGUUUAUUAAUUUUUGUUCAUCAUUCCAAAAGAAGAAAAAAAAUAUUUUGAAACUCAAAUAAUAAACUCACAAUGUAGCAAUGAGA